AUGAAUGUACCGCCAUAUAUCAUUGCGCAAUUAGAGAAGGCGAAUGACGUUAUUCGACGGCAGUCUGCAGAAUUGGACCGACUUCGCUCCAAUGACUUGCAGGUGGAAAACAUUGCUCUGCGAACGCAGUUGAUGGAGAUUGCUCGGGAAUACAGGUCGAAUCGGGAACGAUUUUUGGACCAAGAAGUGCUGUUGUCGGAACUCAACCAUGAAGCUACGAGUCUUGCUCGCGAUAAGGAUAUUUUACAAGAGCGGUGUAUCGAACUAGAAAGAAAGUACAAGAAAGCUAAGGCGGCGAGUAAGGAGUUCGAGAAACUCAUUGAACUGGCUGAACCUUGUUCCUCGAAAGAUACUAAUUCUCAAACGUUACUCGAGCGAUCUCGCAGAAAGCAUAUGUCUCCGCAGAGGACAUUGGAAAAUGGUUGCAGUGAUUCUUUCCAGAUAUGUCUGGAAAAUACACAAAUCGAAAUCGAAGAUCUUCGUGCUCGACUAGCUAAGGAAAUCAGUAUCUCCAAAUCCUUGCAUGAUGAUCUGGAUCUCAGUAGAAAGUUGGUUUUGGAAAGAGACGAGCAAGUAAAUGAUUUAACCACCAAGUUGCGAGCAGCAGAGCUUAAAUGUCAACAAACCGAGGAACACUUAUCUCGAACUUCUACUGAUCUCGCUCUAGAACGAGCUCGUUGUGAUGAACUCACCCUUUCUUUACAGGAAAGCGAAGCCUUGCUAACGCAGACUCGAUCUGAUUGUCUCUCCUACGCUUUGGAGAAUCAACGGUUGGUCGAAGAGGCUAGAGAAGCAAACCAACAAAUUGUUUCCUAUCGAGCUAAACUAGAUGCACAAGGAUCUGACCUCAUUGCGACGAAAAAAACAUUGCGGGCUCUACAACGGGAAAAAGGUUUAACGGUGCCACACGAGAAUACGGGUUUGAUGGAUGAUAAAUGA